GUUUCGGUUGCAUCAACUCAUUCAACGCUUUUGAAGCUAAAAAAUUGUGAUAUGUUGUCUGAUGCUGAGAAAAGAAAGCAAAUAAGUGUUAGAGGGAUUGCUCAAUUGGAAAAUGUGACAAAUCUUAAAUCUGACUUCAACAGACACCUGCAUUUUGAUGGGGUUAAAGACAGGAACGUCGCAACGUCUCUCGACUUCUAUCAAGCGUUAGCACGUACAGUUUGGGAUCAUCUUUGCUCUCGUUGGAUUCGAUCUCAGCAGUUUUACCAUAGAGAGGAUCCAAAGGUUAGUCAUAUUUUCGGUAUAUCAAUGUUUUCGUGUAAUUUUCAGCGCUAAUUUCUCGUUUUUCCAACCUCUAAAGAAGACCCAGUUAAUUCCCCUGCGUCAAUAAAGUACAUGUGACGUAAGAUUAUUUUAAUCACUCGUGGUGUAACGUUGGAUUUUUGUGCAAGCGCAAGCAAACAACAAGUGGAAUUCUUUUUGAUUGUAGUUUAUCACGGACUAUUUGUGAUAUAUUCAGGAAGUUUGUUUAUUCCCAUCCAUAAAAUAUUUUAAAAUGUUGGCUUUUGUUUUUAAAAAACAAUGAUGUUUUCAACAAUUUUAAUCAGUGGACUAAUGAAAAUGUCUUUAUAAGCCUGUAGUGUUCAAAAGUUCGGCAACCUAAAAUUAUGGCAAAAUUAUGCGAAUCGUUACUAUUUUCCGAUAUGUUACUUCGUUAGUAAUUCUAUGUGAUCCUCAAAUUAGUGCUAGCUAAAAUAUGCACCACACAAUUUCAGGAAAACGUGUAAUAUCUACCCAGGAUCCUUUUAGUAUAUGGGAUUAUUAAGUCAUUUUUUGACGUCUUAUUAUUAAUAUUGAUGUAAUUCACUUCAUUGAGACAAAGUUCUAUAUGAAUAAACAUUGUGAUGGUGAGAAAAAUGAAACAACUAAUUGGCGAUCGAAUACAGGAUUUACUUAGAUUUUGAAACUAAGGUUUGAAUAAAAUCUCAUCUAACUAAUGGUUCAUUGCAUUCACGGAUUUUAGCGGUUCUUAUUAUUUGUGAAUUGCAAAAAUAUUCUGAUAAUUUGUCUGGUCGAAAUUGAUGUACAAAGCACACGAAAGUCUAAAUAUUCACGUGGCCGGUGUACUAUGUUUCUUUUUCCCUAGCCACCCAGCAAUCCUUUGAUAAAAUGCCCUAAAACUAUUGAAUCAAAAUUAAAGCUACUUCAUGGUGAUUUUCGAGGUCUUUCCAUGUGCAAAAGUGAUGUAUUUUAUUCUAUUUUCAAAGAAGUGAGUAAUGCACCACUUUGCUAGACUGCCUUCUUUUAGCACUAAAACAGUUGUGUAAGCAUUACAUGUUUCUUCUGAUCAUCUCAUCUUGUUAAACAUUGACGAAAUAGUUUUAAGAGGUCGUUUCGCACCUGUGAAACCUUUUAAAUCUAGCCUUGCUAUCGAAAUAUGACUUGAUAUCCGGCACCGACUACGUUAAUAUGCUACCAUUUCUGGAACAACACUUUUUUGUUGCAUGUAUUGAUAAUACCUCAUUAGCCUAAAAGUAUGUAACUGAGGUAUUGUUUAUUUUUGUGAUAAACCUUUUCGUCAAAAGAAGCUUAAUUUAUCAACUAUCUUGUUAACCUUCUGCUUAUGGUUUGAUCUCAACCCGCUCACUUCAUUUUAGUGUAUAAACUUCUAAACAAUUUGGAUUAUAUUGCUCAGUAUUUUUAUUCCUGUUAUCUUACUACAAACAAACAAAAAUGAUUAUCUUAUUUUCAUAUUGCAGCGCAUAUACUAUCUGUCCUUAGAAUUUUACAUGGGCCGCACUUUGACCAAUACAAUGCUGAAUGUAAAUAUUGCUGCUGCAGUAGAUGAGGCGAUGUACCAAUUGGGAUUGGAUAUUGAGGAACUGGAGGAAAUGGAGUCUGAUGCUGGUCUUGGUAAUGGUGGGUUAGGACGUCUAGCUGCUUGUUUCUUGGAUUCCAUGGCAACGUUAGGGUUGGCCGCUUAUGGAUAUGGCAUCCGUUAUGAUUAUGGCAUUUUUGAACAGUCUAUACGCGAUGGCUGGCAGGUUGAAGAACCCGAUGAGUGGUUACGCUUUGGAAACCCGUGGGAAAAAGGUAGACCAGAAUAUUGCUAUCCUGUCAAUUUUUACGGGCGUGUUGAAGAUGCUGGAAAUGGACGUAGACGAUGGGUUGAUGCUCAUCCAGUCUUUGCAAUGCCCUAUGACACCCCAGUUCCAGGGUAUAGAAAUAACACUUGCAAUACUCUUCGGCUGUGGUCUGCCAAAGCUCCAAAAAGUUUUGAUCUCGGUAUAUUUAAUAUGGGUGAUUACAUAAAUGCUGUAUGUGCACGUAAUCAUGCGGAAAAUAUUUCCCGAGUUCUUUAUCCAAACGACAAUUUCUUUGUUGGGAAGGAACUUCGCCUUCGUCAAGAGUAUUUCUUAGUUGCUGCCACUUUGCAGGAUAUAAUUCGGCGUUUUAGAAGUAAUGAUUCCCACCAUCGAUCGUUUGAUGAAUUUCCCAACAAAGUUGCUAUCCAAUUGAAUGACACACAUCCCUCACUGGCAAUUCCUGAAUUACUACGUAUCUUAGUCGACUUGGAAGGUUUAGAAUGGAAAAAAGCAUGGGAUAUAAGUUACCGUACAUUUGCGUAUACAAACCAUACAAUCUUACCUGAAGCAUUGGAACGUUGGCCUGUCACAUUAUUGGAGCAUAUAUUACCACGUCACUUAGAAAUUAUCUAUCAAAUUAAUGCUGAGUUCUUAGAUAUUGUACGUGCGAAAUGGCCAAACGAUGAUGACCGUAUUCGUCGUAUGUCAUUGGUAGAAGAAGAAGGCGAAAAACGUAUUAAUAUGGCCUACUUGUGUAUUGUAGGAUCUCACACAGUUAAUGGAGUCGCGGCAAUACAUUCACACUUGUUGAAAACUCAAACUUUCAAAGAUUUCGCUGAAUUAUGGCCAAAUAAAUUUCAGAAUAAAACAAACGGUAUUACACCUCGUCGUUGGUUGCUAUUAUGUAAUCCAAACUUGUCAGACUUAAUUAUGGAAGGAAUGAAUGGCAGUGAAUCAUGGAUUGUUAACCUUAAUGAAAUCGCUCAGUUAAAAUCACGUAUAAAUGAUGUUAAUUUUUUACGUCAGUUGAUACGUAUUAAACGGGAAAACAAAGCUAAAUUUGCUUCUUAUUUGGAACAACAUUAUGGUGUAACAAUCAAUCCAGCAUCUCUGUUUGAUAUCCAAGUCAAAAGAAUUCAUGAGUACAAACGUCAACUACUAAACUGUUUACAUGUCAUCACUUUGUAUAAUCGUAUUAAAGCUAAUCCUGAAAUGCCAAUCUGUCCACGUACAGUUAUGAUUGGGGGUAAAGCUGCUCCAGGUUAUCAUAUGGCCAAACUAAUUAUUAAGUUGAUCAAUUCCGUAGGUAAAGUUGUCAAUAAUGAUCCAGUUGUACGUGGUAGAAUUAAACUUAUUUUCCUUGAAAAUUAUCGUGUGUCUUUGGCUGAAAAAAUAUUCCCCGCCGCUGAAUUGUCAGAACAAAUUUCUACAGCUGGUACAGAAGCGUCCGGUACCGGUAACAUGAAAUUUAUGCUUAAUGGAGCCAUGACUGUUGGUACUAUGGAUGGAGCGAACGUAGAGAUGUGCGAAGAAAUGGGUCGAGAGAAUAUGUUUGUAUUCGGUCUAACCGUAGAGCAAGUUGAUGCUCUUCACAAAGUUGGUUAUCAUCCACAAGAAUAUAUUGAAAAAGAACCAGAACUGAAAUUAUGUCUGGAACAAAUUCGGGAUGGCUUCUUCUCUCCGGAUAAUCCACAUCUAUUUAAAGAUAUAUAUAAUAGUUUAGCAUUCGAUGAUCGCUUCCUCCUAUGUGCAGAUUAUGCAAGCUAUAUACGUGUGCAACAAGAAGUUGAGGAAGCUUACAAAGAUGAACUAAGAUGGUCAAAAAUGAUGCUUAUGAAUAUUGCUUCCUCCGGGAAAUUCUCUUCUGAUCGUACUAUACGUGAAUAUGCUCGAGAUAUAUGGGGUGUUGAGCCAUCAACUAUUAAAUUACCACCUCCAUUUGAACCAGCUAUAGAAAAGAAAUAGUUUUAUCAAACAAAUAUGCAGACAUUUACCUUUUAUGAAUAUACUCUUUUGUCCCAUUUCUUCCCGACCUCUUCCCCUAUUGUCAUUUAGUCCAGUUAGUAAUUUGAAAAAAAAGAAAAUAACUUUUUUCCACUGAUGAUUUAAAAAGAAUCAUUAUUCUCUCCUUUCCUUUACAUAUUAAUCUGCUUUCAACCUAUAAUUUCAUUAUCACUGGUAUAUUCAUACAAUAAGUAUUUUAUGUAGAAAAUAUUUUUAAUUCCCUUAUUUUAAUGUUAUCAAAUUACCAAUCACUCGUUAAUUAUGACUGCUAUAUGUUAUUCUUAUUCAGUAUGUAUUCAGUUCGUAAUGUAAUUCUUGAAUUAGAUCUGAUGCGAAUAAACACAUCAACAUAAAUAAUGAUUAUCAUACUGUAAUAAAAUGCGUUCAUUCUCGACUUCCUUCAACGGUAUUAACCGUUGUUAAUAGGGAACCACCGUUUGAUUAUUAUACUUGGGGGGUGGGAUGAAAGUUGAUUUGUAUGUGUUCUUGGGUUUUACAAACAUGACAUUUCUAAUUAGUUUAUUACUUAUUGUAUUGUUGUUAUGACUAAUACUUGUUUCUUAUUUGUUUAAUCGAUUUUAACUUAGUUAUUUUUAAGCUAAAUACUAAAAAAAUAAUAUAAUUUGACUAAUAAGUGCCUAUUAGUCAUUAUAAGACACUAGUUUUUGAAUUGUUUCUAUAACUGCAUCAUAUUUGUAGCCUCUUACACAUAAAUAUAGUAAUUUCAUUAACAAUU